AUGCGUUUUUAUUUCCAGCUGCGUCUGAUCGAUUGGGGUUUGGCGGAGUUUUAUCAUGCACGCCAGGAAUACAAUGUGCGAGUGGCAUCACGUUAUUUCAAAGGGCCUGAACUUCUUGUUGAUUACCAGUGCUACGACUAUUCGCUGGAUAUGUGGAGUCUUGGAUGCAUGCUUGCGAGCAUGAUUUUUAGGAAAGAGCCGUUCUUCCAUGGCCACGACAAUUAUGAUCAGGUUUGCAUACAGAUAUUAAUAUUUUUGCGACUUACUGCUGUUGGCUCCUUUUCUUAA